AUGAACAUUACCGAAAAAGUUCCAAAUAUUAUUUGUGAUUUGAAAAAUUUAAUAGAAAUUGAUCUUUCUCGGAAUCAUAUUCUGGAGUUCCCAAUUUCUAUCUUGAAUUGUUCAAAGCUUCAAUACUUGGAUCUUUCUAUGAAUUACUGUGCCGGUAAAGUUCCAGAUGAAAUCAAUAGACUCUCGAGUCUUCAGGAACUUGAUCUGGGGUAUAAUAAUUUCUCCGGUGUUCUUCCUUCUUCAAUUGGAAACUUUCAGUUUUUACAGAAAUUAGAUCUUAGCAAAAAUCUUUUGAAUGGUAGUCUCCCGCCAGAAAUCGGAAACUUGUCAAAUCUUGAAACUCUUUACAUAUCUUCUAAUGAGUUUUUGGCGUCAAAAAUUCCGAAUGAAUUCAGUAAAUUGAUAAAUUUGAAGUCUAUUUCUAUGGAUCAUACAAAGUUAUAUGGGGAAAUUCCCGAUUGGUUUGGUCAUUUUUCAAGUCUGAAUUUUCUGCAACUUGGGAAUAACAAUUUGAGCGGGAAAAUUCCGGAGAAUUUGUUUUCGUUAAAGAACUUAACAGAUAUGAUUCUAAAUGAUAACAAAUUAUCCGGUGAAAUUCCUAAAAAAAUCGAGUGCUUGAAUAUGGAAACUCUUGAUCUUUCGAUGAACUUGAUAACGGGUUCCAUUCCUAAAGGUAUUGGUAAGUUGAAAAGUUUAACAAGUUUAGAUUUGUGUUCCAAUCAAUUAACUGGAGAAAUUCCUGCUAGUAUCGGUUCACUUCCAUCACUGUUUGCAUUUCGAUUAUGCCGAAACAACUUAUCAGGUAAACUGCCCAAAGAACUAGGUUUGCAUUCUAAGCUUAACUAUUUUGAUGUGUCGGAGAACAAACUCUCAGGAAAUCUACCAGAAAAUUUAUGUUUUGGUGGUGAAUUCUCCGUGAUUAGUGGGUUUUCAAAUAAUUUUACUGGAAAAUUAUCAAAAACAUUUGCAAAUUGUUCUAGUUUGUCGGAAGUUACACUUUACAGUAACAUGUUAAGUGGUGAGAUUCCAGCAGGUUUUUGGUCAAAUCUGAAUUUAGCGGUUGUAUUAAUAAACGAUAAUAUGUUUUUCGGGGAACUUCCAGAGGAGUUGAGUUCGAAUUUAAUAAUUCUCAAUUUAGCAGAUAACAACUUUGGAGGGAGUAUACCAACGGGUCUUGGUUCUCUCCAGAUCCUUUCUAUAAGGUCAAACAAAUUCAGUGGGUCAAUACCAGAAAAUAUUAUUCAUUUGCAAGACCUCCAAAUAUUAGACCUAUCACUAAACAAUCUCUCCGGUCAUAUUCCUAACGGAUUAGGAAAUUUGAGUGGAUUUAUAAAUAAUGCAGCGCCUACGAGUGGUUUUGGAAUUCAAUUUGUAACAAACGGGAUCAUGAUACAAAUUAAGAAUCAGUACAACUACAGUUCAACACUCGACUUAUCGUGCAACUUUCUUGGGGGAAACAUUCCGGAGGAUAUAGGAUUACUAAAACAACUUUAUUCACUUAACUUGUCACAUAAUCAUCUCACAAAUGAUAUACCAGAAAGUAUAGGGAACUUGUCUUCGCUAGAGUCGUUGGACUUAAGUUCUAAUAGACUGUCAGGACAUAUUCCACAAUCUUUGACAACUAUCGACACUAUUGCGGUUUUAAACCUUUCUUACAAUGAGUUAAGCGGAAGGAUUCCAAGAGGAGCUCAUUUUGAUACCCUGAGUGUGGAUGGUUCCGCGUUUUCAGGUAACAAAUUAUUGUGUGGAGAUCCUAUAAAGAAACUUUGCGCAGGUGAUCACAAUACUAGUAUCAAUGAUGCAAAUCCUACAAAUGAUACAGAUGAAGACGAUAGAGAGGAUGUAAACGAGAAAUUCAUUUUGUAUGCUGUUAUUGCUUUGGGGUUUGGAGUUGGAUUUUGGGGUUUUUUCUUUUUUUUACUUGUGGAGAAAGAGAAAUUGUGGUUUCCAUACCGGAGAUCUGUUAAUUCUGUUGCAGUUAGAAUAGCAAAUUAUGUUCAUAACAAUUGA